UCGGAUAGAGUAAUUAUUUGUGAAUUUUAUAUAAAGUGAAAGCUGUAAUCUUUGAUUAUGAUUGAAGUUGGAAAACGAUGAACACAUGCAACAAGAAGGGGUGAAAGUUUUUAAAACUUGGCGGUUGUUCCCAGGUGGUCCCCAUCUCACCUCUGAGCCCACGGAAGGGAAGGUACUCCAGGAGAAACAAGAACUUCUAAUGAUUGAAAACCUAAGCUUGGUUUUGGACAGUACCGUGGAAUUCAGCUCAAUUAUUAUGGCUUUUUCUUGGGGUGUUAGGUGGGGUGAAAAGAAGGAAUGGUUAAGGUGUUAGGAUCAAGUAAUUCUUCGUGUUGCACUCACGCAUUACUAUUAUGAUGCUUGUGUCGGUUUGCAUGUCAGCUAUGAUCUUUGUUGUUGGAGUGCGUUGCUGAUUCCCAAGUGCAAAAAUCCCAGCUUUAAUUGUUUCAGUUAAGCUCGUUUUUAAAGAACAAUUCUCCACCCCAAAUAAUUCUCCUUAUUCUCUAAAACUUUCGACUGAUUAUACAAGUAUUCAUGCACUGACUGGGAAAUAUUCACUGACAUUUCCAUACCUGGAGAACUUUUAGGCCCCUACUCAACACAUACUUUAGGAAGAGACGCCUGCUAAGUUUUUCUAGGGAAUGGUUCUUGAUGGUUUAUGCCAAGUUGGUUUAAAUUAGGUAGAUGAACAGUGACAGGGCUUGAGAAGGAGAACCUUCUGCUGGCUUGUCAGUCUUGCCACAGGUAAAUUUUAGAGCAGAGCCACCAUCUUUGGGUUAUUGUAAUUCGCAUGCAAUCUGGUUAAUUGGGGUUUUAAGAAACUGAUACACCAACAGAUAUUUUGAUUGGUAUACAGGUAAAUGUUGAGAUCACAUAUUUGUCUAUUGCAGCAAGAAAUUAAGAAUUUGUUUUACCCCUCAUUUACCCAGUGAUUAAGAUGAUUUUCCCCCCUAUUGGCAGGCAUGGAGGUGGGUUCUCCUGAAAAUGGAUUUGAUGAAAUAAGCGACCUUUUCAAACACGAUGAAUCCACUUUAUCUGAAGAUUUAGGCCUAAGCUUUCUAAUGAAUAAGGAUGUAGCUGCAGAUUAUGCGUUUGGUGACUUGGAAGGUGAAGAUAAGUUCAAUUUCUGUUUCAGUGAGCAAGGGCACUGUGAACUGCCUUCACUGCUGUCUAAUUUCAGAUACUAUGACCCUCCGGGACAUCCUUUGGAAAAUCUCCAUUCUUCUGCUCGAAUUAGUAGCAGUAGUGAUUUUUUGAUUGAUACAGAUGCUGGUGUUGUUUUGAACGAGGAUAAUUUGCAGAUGAGAUCGCCCAAAAACCACCAGCAUGAGGAUACUGAGAAGUUAUGUUCUGGUUAUCUUCGUGAUUUUGCCUCCCAAGUAGAUUUAGAGAGUAUCAAUUCUGAAGUUCCAGAGGUCUUUUGCAGACAACCACAGGUACUUGCUUCAAUGGGGAACCCUAUAUUGGGAGGAGAAAUAGUGGACACGCGAGAUUCUCCUCCGCACUACAAUAUAGGUGAAGAAACCUUUUCAAAUCCACAGCACCAAGAACUUGACCAGUCUGAGUUUACAUCCAAAAAAGAAGAAGAAGGUGUUCCAGUUGACCAGACAGAAACGCUUUAUCUUUCUCUAGAAUCUGAGAGUGGAGAUUUCAACUCAAGAAACUCUGGAGAUGGUAGGGAAGAGCUCAAAGAGCUUGAUUUGCCCCAUGUUGAUCAGUAUGACCAAGAGAGAACUUCGCACUUUUCUGUAUCUACAGGAGUGAUGGGGGAAAUAUGCGUUUCGCCUGAGACAUCUCUUUACGCUAUCAAGGUUCCACAUGAUCAGAAACUGUCUGCUUCACAUGGUCUUCAAGAUGUAUUAUAUUAUAAUGUAACACAUGAUCCAAAAUGCUGCAAAGCUGAAUGCUUUGACCCAAGUGAAGAUCCCCUUUCUGUGAAUCAGUCGUUACAUGCUGCUAUGGAGAAUUGUGCAUCUUCAAAAGGUUCUCCUGCGAAACAUGUUCAUGUAGCUAAAAUAAAUGAUCAAGGAGUAAAAAGAUCAAGAUCACAAUCACCGGUUAAGCAAACAUAUUCCACUUCCAGGUGUAAGAAGGAUUCUCAAACUAACUCUGAAGCAAGACUCCCACAUUUUAAAAGUUGGUGCCAAAGAUCAUCUGACAAAGCUGCUUGUUCAUACCAGUCUCCUGGAAGUCCUAUCAGAUGUGUUAUUCAAGAAGGUCACAAGGAACAGUCUUAUUAUUCUUCAUCAAGUAACCACAAAUAUGAAUUAGCUAGGACUGGUGAUCGGGGUAGGGAAGUCACUUCGAAGGAUCAUUUGUCAGUCACCAGUCGACAGAAUUCUGCUGCUCUACAAGAGUCAAGGAGAGUGUUUAAGGAUAGUUCUUCUUCCAAAUCUGCACCUGCCUCACCAAGCAAUCACUCCUUAGAAAUUACUAGUCGUCGGAAAGUGGAGAGGUCAGGUUCGCCAUCACCAAUCUCGCGUAGGAAUCUCAAGAGAGAAUGUGAUAAAUCUCUUUCAAGGACGAGGUACUCCUCAAGGCACAAAUCUUCCUCAAGGAGCUAUUCUGCUCAUAAUACAUCUCUUCGAGCCGGAUACUUGUCACGAGCUUCUUAUAGGAGGACUGGAAUAGGGAAACCUGGGAGAUGUCUGUUUGUUGCAGGCUUUGAAUUUUCAACAACAGAAGGAGAACUGGAAAGGAAGUUUUCUCGAUUUGGCCAUGUGAGAGAUGUUCGCAUAAUUCGUGACAAAAGGUCGGGGCUUUCACGCGGAUAUGGAUUUUUAUCAUUAGAAAGGGAUGAAGAAGCAGAUGCGGCCAUUAGAGCUCUGCACAAGACAGACUGGAAUGGUCGUGUUGUUCUUGUGGAGAAAUCAAUUAAGUGAAAUCUCAUUACCUGUAUCUGAACCAGCUUAUAGUUUCUUGUUCCAUGAUAUUUUGACUGCAAAGUUUUGUUCUAGCCUGGGCAAACACAUAUAGUAGCUCAGCCUGAGAUAACCGGGACAUAUAAUAGUUACUUGGUUAAAACUUUUGUCUCCCUAUCCAUUAACUUGAUAACGUCUAAUGUAGUGAUUUUUUGUGUAAUGUCUUGGUGGUUUUUGUUCGUUUGAUCUUCCUUAAAAGAUCUAAACUCAAAUUGAAGCUC